UCCAGGCAGGAGUGGGGGGGCUCUUUGAAUAAUUGAGGAGCUGUUCAGCAGCAGCGGCUGCCUCCAGCCUUCCUUUGCCACCAGCGCCCCGCAUCACAGUGGGAGAGAGAGCCCGGCUGUAAGUGCGGACUGCCAGCAGCCAGUUCAUCGCCGCUAACCCUCAGACAUUCAUGCCCAGGAAAAGGCUGCUUUGGGUCCCUCUGGACCUUUCCUAAAAAGAAGAUCCCUGUGCACUAAAUGAGUUCCAGAAGCAGCCACUGAGGCUUCCAUAGCCCUCUUCCAUCAGUUGACUUUCACCAGAACCCCUACUACUCAGGAUGAGUGGCUUCCUCGCCUCCCUGGACCCCCGGCGGGUACAGUGGGGGGCUUCCUGGUAUGCCAUGCACUCCAGGAUCCUGCGCACCAAACCGGUGGAGUCCAUGCUGGAGGGAACAGGGGGCACCACAGCACAUGGUACCAAGCUAGCCCAGGUGCUCACCACCGUGGACCUCAUCUCACUUGGCGUUGGCAGUUGCGUGGGCACAGGGAUGUACGUGGUUUCUGGCCUGGUGGCCAAGGAGAUGGCAGGACCUGGUGUCAUUGUGUCCUUCAUCAUUGCAGCUGUUGCAUCCAUAUUAUCAGGUGUUUGCUAUGCAGAGUUCGGAGUCCGUGUCCCGAAGACCACGGGGUCGGCCUACACCUACAGCUAUGUCACUGUGGGGGAGUUUGUGGCAUUUUUCAUCGGCUGGAACCUGAUCCUGGAAUACCUGAUUGGCACUGCAGCCGGUGCCAGCGCCCUGAGCAGCAUGUUUGACUCGCUGGCAAACCACACGUUCAGCCGCUGGAUGGUGAACAGCGUGGGGACCCUCAAUGGCCUGGGGAAAGGUGAAGAGUCCUACCCAGACCUUCUGGCUCUGGUGAUCGCGGUCAUCGUCACCAUCAUCGUCUCGCUGGGGGUGAAGAACUCUGUGGGCUUCAACAACGUGCUCAACGUGCUGAACCUGGCCGUGUGGGUGUUCAUCAUGAUCGCAGGCCUCUUCUUCGUCAAUGGGAAGUACUGGGCUGAGGGCCAGUUCUUGCCCCACGGCUGGUCAGGGGUGCUGCAAGGAGCAGCCACAUGUUUCUAUGCUUUCAUUGGUUUUGACAUCAUCGCCACCACUGGAGAGGAAGCCAAAAAUCCCAACACGUCCAUCCCUUAUGCUAUCACUGCCUCCCUGGUCAUCUGCCUGACAGCAUAUGUAUCUGUGAGCAUGAUCUUAACCCUGAUGGUGCCAUAUUAUGCCAUUGACACGGAAUCCCCACUCAUGGAGAUGUUUGUGGUUCAUGGGUUCUAUGCUGCAAAAUUCAUUGUGGCCAUUGGGUCAGUUGCAGGACUGACAGUCAGUUUGCUGGGCUCCCUCUUCCCAAUGCCGAGGGUCAUUUAUGCCAUGGCUGGUGAUGGGCUCCUUUUCAGGUUUCUAGCUCAUGUGAGCUCCUACACAGAGACGCCAGUGGUGGCCUGCAUCGUGUCGGGGUUCCUGGCGGCUCUCCUCUCGCUGCUAGUCAGCCUGAGAGAUCUGAUUGAGAUGAUGUCCAUCGGCACACUCCUUGCCUACACCUUGGUCUCUGUCUGUGUCUUGCUCCUUCGAUACCAACCAGAGAGUGACAUUGAUGGUUUUGUCAAGUUCUUGUCUGAGGAGCACACAAAGAAGAAGGAGGGCAUUCUGGCUGACAGUGAGAAGGAAGUUUGUUCUCCUGUGAGUGAAGGAGAAGAGUUUUCUGGCCCUGCCACCAACCCAUGUGGGGCCAAGAACUUACCAUCCUUGGGAGACAAUGAGAUGCUCAUAGGGAAAUCAGACAAGUCAACCUACAAUGUCAACCACCCCAACUACGGCACUGUGGACAUGACCACAGGCAUAGAAGCCGACGAAUCUGAAAACAUUUAUCUCAUCAAGCUAAAAAAGCUGAUCGGGCCCCGUUACUACACCAUGAGGAUCCGGUUGGGCCUUCCAGGCAAAAUGGACCGGCCCACAGCCGCUACGGGGCACACGGUGACCAUCUGCGUGCUCCUGCUCUUCAUCCUCAUGUUCAUCUUCUGCUCCUUCAUCAUCUUUGGUUCUGACUACAUCUCAGAGAAGAGCUGGUGGGCCAUCCUUCUGGUUGUUCUGAUGGUGCUGCUGAUUAGUGCCCUGGUGUUUGUGAUCCUGCAGCAGCCAGAGAACCCCAAAAAGCUGCCCUAUAUGGCCCCUUGCCUCCCCUUUGUGCCCGCCUUUGCCAUGCUGGUGAACAUCUAUCUCAUGCUAAAGCUCUCCACCAUCACAUGGAUCCGGUUUGCCGUCUGGUGCUUUGUGGGAAUGCUCAUUUAUUUUGGGUACGGCAUCUGGAACAGCACCCUGGAAAUCAGCGCCCGCGAGGAGGCCCUGCACCAAAGCACGUACCAGAGCUACGACGUGGACGACCCUUUCUCCGUGGAGGAGGGUUUCUCCUAUGCCACCGAGGGCGAGAGCCAGGAGAACUGGGGCGGGCCGUCCGAAGACAAAGGCUUCUAUUACCAACAGAUGUCAGAUGCCACGGCCAACACCCGGACAAGUAGCAAAGCGAAGAGCAAAAGCAAACACAAAAAGAACUCGGAGGCCCUGAUUGCGAAUGAUGAGUUAGAUUACGCGCCCGAGUAGGAGUAAACAACACAAGGAAUACACAGAAAUGGUGGUGAUGUCUUUUCAGUAACUUAACCUGUGGGCUAGAAGGUGAAAACGUCUUUGCCUCUCAUUUCACAAGUCCAGCCUUCCUCAAAGUCAGUCCCCAGUCAUAGCCUGUCAUUUAUUACUUUUGCUCUUCAGGGUAGUUCUGUUGAAGAGACUGGUCCCCUUAUAGAAAAAAAAAAUAUUUUUGAAAAAACUAAACAAAAAGCUACAAGAAAUUCUAACUGAGAUGCAACCAUCAGAGCUGAUGGCAGAAAAUGUUUCCCCGGCCUUUGCUCUGCUGGUUGAAUCGUUUUGCUUCUUAUGGAGACCCCAAGAAGCAAGGAAAAACUUCUUGGACCACACUGAGGCGGCAGCUCCUUGUGGAGAUGUGCCAAAGCCGGUGGGAGUGGGCAUAAGGCAGCAUUUCUACCACCUGAGACCACAAGGGCAAAGCUCUGUGCUCAGCAUACGGGCUGAGGGCGGCUCCCCCAGGCCUGGGUGGGCAGGUGGCAUUGGCACUUCCUCAGCAAGCAGCAUUUUGUCCUGAAAUCUCACAAAAACAAAUUCAUGGAAAAGACACAUGCUUCUUGUUAUCCACCAACGUUCUCACGGUCUCCAAAAUAUAACUUUAGGAUCCCCUAAAGGUCAGGGACUCUGAAACCAUUUCCCCAAAGUUUCAGAUUCGCCACAAAGCAGACCCAGUAAUGGGGUGAGGAGCACCAUCAAAGCUCUACGUAAAUGCCCACAACACAUUAAAUAACGUCUCUUGCAGCGAAGGCCAGGGGGUGUGGGCAGAAAUUAACUCCCUGUCAAGCCUUCUCUUAUAGCCGAUUCUAAGCUCCUGCUGAUAGAAUGGAAGGGGGCAAAGGUGGAGCAUGAUUUCAUGGCACUAAUAUGCCUUGAAGAAGGAGGCUGUUUGUUUUAUAAUCAGAUAAAAAUCUUUACAAGGAGAAGUGACCCAGCCACUGAGAUCACAUUGCAAAUUCUAUUUCAGAUUUCUAAAAUUAUAAAUUCUGUCGUGUGUUGGUUGUUUUUUUUUAAAGAUAUGCCACCAUUUGAUUGGUGGGUGCUACUCUGAACACAAAAAUGUUGAAGCACGGCUUCUUAGGUAAUUGCAUUCCAUGAGAUCACAUUUCACUUCUGAACCCUGUUCUUCUGGGGUAGCUCACUUUUAGACGUGUGUUUUUCUCCCUGUUAUUCCCCAGAGCGAUUUCACUGAAGCCCAGAGAAAUGGCUACCUGGUGAGGUCUAAAUCUGGGCCUCAGGAGGUGCUCUUGAAGGAAUUCCUCUGAAACAAGCUGGAGGUGACAACCUGCAACAGGAAAAGGCUCAUGGCCUAUUUACUGCUCUUGGGUUGCAGGGAUUCCAACACUGCAUGGAGAUAUGUGCACAUGUAUGUGAAGGCACGGGGCUUGGGUUAAGCUAAAAUCUCUGUGAGAAUUUCUGAAAAUGGGGCAAAAUAGCAAAUUCGUUAUUCUCUCUCUCCUGGAUCUAGUGUUAAGCCAAAAGUUUUCCAGAACACAUCCACAAAUGUUUAAAUCUAUUCUUUCCUACAGGUUGAGGUUCGUGCCAUCUUGGCACACUGUAGGACUAUGGGCAGGAAGCAGAAGUCCGUUUUUCACUCAGCGAAUCCUGAUUGAGUCUGUACCACGUGAUAAGCGAUAGGAAUGCAGAAAAGAGUGGCGUGUGCCCUUGGAGGCUCUGGGCCCAGGGAAAGAGCAGCACUGCAGCCUGAUAGUUGUCAAUAAAAUAGCUGAGCGUCACAAGCCCCCAUGGCUGAUGCACUGGGCUUUAACGUAGCAUUUUUAAAAGGUCAAUUGAAACUAUAGUUUUUUGUGUGGAUUUUUUUUUUGUUUCUUUUUUUUUAUUGUCUAAAGUUUCACAUAUGUCUCCUUUUUCCCCAGUUGACCCCCCAACCUUAGCCAUUCCCACCCCAGGGAAGCCCCCACCGCCCCACUCUGUAUCCAUUGGUUAUGCUAAUACGCAUGCAUACAAGUCCUUUGGUUGCUCUCUAACCCCCCUUCCCCUACCAUUUGUCUCUAGAUAGAUCUAUUCUUGUUUGAAACUAUAGUUUUAAUAUGCUUUUAAAUAGAUUGCAUAUCAUACCCAUAGCCAACAUGUCAUUUAAAUUCAAAUAACUACUAUUUUCUAGACCUUUUUCAUUCUUUUAUAUUAAUUGUUUAUAGCUCUAGUUUUCUGAGGCCAUUUGUCAUUUAACUGUAAUGCUUAGCAAUGUUUGUUUGUUUGUUAGUUUGUUUUUCUCCCCUAACCUCAACCAUAAAGAUAUAGUACCUGGUCUGUGAAAUAGAUCCUUGGGCAUUAAUUGUAAUCUAAUCCUCAGCAAUUUUUGUGAAAAUGAAGUUUUGAACUAGCUUUAGAAUUCAACAAAUCUGCCUAGUUUAAAUAAAAUCUGGUUAAGCUUGGGAUAUAUCCAGGUAGGUAGGGUGGGGCUGUAUUCAUUAUAAAUGUUCAAAGAGAAAUAUGAAUGCAAAAUAACAACAUCUUAAUGUGGGUGAAAGAGGUCCCUUUUACUAGAGAGGUUUUAGGUAUUAAAGUCAUAAUAGUCUGGUGGCCGCAGUAUGCAAUUUCUGGAGCAUGAGGAGAGAGGACACAAACUUUGGAAAUACCAUUGGCAUUGAUUUCGUGAAGAUCCUAUGAACUACUUCAUUUCAGAAGUCACUUCUCGCAAAUAGUACCUCUGUAAUUUUUUUUAAGCUUUGAUUUCUUUAUUUCUCUAAAACUGAUUAGUCAUCUUCCUAGCAAACUUGGUUUUUUUAAAAAUUAGUCAAUAUGGUAGAAAAAGGUUUUUAUAAGGUAAAUAGACCUAUUUUUCCUCAUGUUCCCCACCUCUCCUGAAACAGUCCCAGAUUUCACAAUGCAGUUUUCGAAUACCAUCAAUCACUAGGAUGAUUUUACUAGUGUUUCCUGACAAUUUUCUUAAGACCACAUUUGUGAAACCACAUUAAAAGUAAGAUCACCUUAUAAAUAAUUACCAUAGAAAUUUAGCCCCCUUGAAAGGAGUCCAAGGAGGACCUACAUUUUAUUAAAUUCUUCUCUGCAGCAAGAGCUCUUCCAGUGAGGUUACAUCAUGUGGAUUUGUGGUUUGGAGCCAAUUAUUUGAUUUUUUAAGUUGUUGUUGAUUUAUUGGUACUCUGCUUCAUUUCAAAAGCAGAGGUGGCUAUUAAGUUACAUAUAAUACCCCAAAUAAUUAAGUAGGGAGCUGUGGGCAAACAAAAAGGAUAAAACAAAGCUAGGAGUGUGGUAAGUACUCAAAUGCAGAAACUUGAUAUGCAAUGCUAAUUGCCAAUGAGGGGCAACUUGAAAAAUUAUGCGAUUGUUGGUAAUGACAGGAAGUACAAAUAAGAACAAAUCUUCCUCUAUAAGGGCAGAUUGUAAUAAUCUAAGCAUAGGUUAGUAAAACCCACAGAUAAGUUUCAGGCCUGGAUUUUACCAGGUACCUGUGCCUGGCACAUAGUGGAUGUUCCAUGAAUAUCUGAAUGAGUGGAUGGAUGGAUGGAUGGAUGGAUGGAUGGAUGGAUGGAUGUGUGAUGAAUGAAAGGAAAAUAAAUUAUAAUUUAUUCAACAGGUUUUUAUGGAGUGCUUAUUAUGUGCUAUGGCAUACGAAAUAGGGGAAAUAAGAUAUAUAAAUAAAGAACAAUCAUAAAAAUGACAGGUAAGAUGAGGAAGUUGUAAUGUUCAGUGAGGGUUCAAAUAUGGAAAAGACCUCCUUCCACUGAAAUGAUCAUAGAGAAUGAAGCCCUUGGAUUGAGCCCUGUGGAAUGGACAGCAUUUUACAGGUAGAAAUGGGGAGAGGCUUGCUGAGUGGAAGAUCAGCAUGAGUAAGGUGUAGAAUGUGGCUGAUAGCUGUCUCCUGACUAAUAAUUUGUAUUGUGCCUCCUUCAAGGAAAAGCAAGAAGCUAGUUUGGCAGGAGCUUAUGAAUUAUGCAUGAUUUAUGUAUGUAACAGUAAGAAAUUUGAGAAGGCAGGUUAGGGCUCACCCACAGAUAGACGUGCAAGUGGAACUGAGCUGGCUAGCUCUCCAUGGGUGGGGAGGCACUGGGGAAAUGAUGAAAGUAUGAAUCAGGGAAAGUUGGACUUUAAGAAGCUGGGGCAGUGACUUCCUCUGCCUAUGCAAGGAGCUAGCAAGUCACAUAGACACUCCAAGUUGAUUUACCAUAUUAAACAGAACAAAUAUCCAUACUGAAGGCAAUAUAUGGUUCUUCCUUUGGUCAUUAACCUAACGUUUAACUUAUGGACAGAUAAGACAAAGUAAUGUGCAGCCACUUAAAAAUUCUCAACAAUAGAAUUUAAACAACCAAAACUGGUAAGUUUUUAUUUCUAUCUGAGCAACACAGUAAAACCUCAGCUCAAGACUUUACUUAGCUUGAGCACAAGGAGUUUGAGAAUCAGCCUAAAAGAGUAGAUGAAAUUGCUGUUGCCUUUCCCAGAAGGUUUUACCAGGUCCAGAGAUGUCAGUGGAAGCCCACUGAGGGUCAACCACAUGUUCCUCAGAUUAGAAUAUCUUGGUGGGUGGGGAUGUCAGAAAUCAGGAAAUGUGUUUGAAGCCGGAGCUGGGGUCAGCUUACCAAGUCCGGGCAGCAGUUAAUGGUCCACUCUUGGAUUUAAGCCUUCAGGUUAGUGGGCAAUCCACAGAUUGCCUUCAUUUCUCACGCUGGAGCGGAGGGAGGUGCUAACGAAACACAUUAUCCGAAACUGGCCAACUGGGCUGCAUGACAGCACUCGAUUGUCAUGCCAUUUGGAACAAGACUAGUCAAGGAAGGUGUUUCUAUGCAAAACUUUUACUAAGCCUAGGUUACUCUUGUGUGCAAGUACCUCCCUGAAGCUGAAGACCUGUUUGUCUACGGGGGGGGGGGGGGGGGGGGGCGGCUUCUGAAGGUCCCAAGAGAGAAAGGUGCCUCCUGGUCAGCAGUGACGUCCGGCCCUGAGACAGCCAAUAUUUGUAAUUAAACAGUGCGCAAGCGCAGAAACAGCAUCCCAGACACCGGCCCCGCCACAAGCAGGAACCAGGAUGCUGUUUCACCUCGAGUUUACUUCAUGUUUUUCCGUUGGAAUGGGGAUGGGUAGCACAAAGCCUCUUUCAUGUACAUAACUGUUAUUCCUGUGUCCACUUGUAUUUUCUCUAAGACUUUACAGGAGAGGCUGUUGUGAUCGCUUUUCCUCCUUAAGAGCAACUUCCUGUCUGAAAUGCUUUCCUCUUCUUGUUGAGCUUAAGUCGUACAUGCAUCACUCUGAAACACCUAAGCUGUUGCCUUUUGCCAAAAUUACUUCUCCAAGAAAAAGACAUUCUUUUUUUAGGAUUUAAAACCCAAAAGGGAUUAGUGGAUGUUUUGAGGUCUUUCAAAAAUGAACCUAUGUCCUGCACUAUCAACUAAAAUAGUGUUAGAAAUCAUUACACAGUAUUCUACAUGCAUGGGAUUGCAACAUUCAUAUAGAGCUUUCACAAAGACAGCUUUGGGCUAGAAGUCUUCUGAAAGCAGGUAGCUCUAAUUUCUUACUCUUUAAGAACAUUCAAGUGCAUUUAGGUACAAAAAGAAAAGAAAAUGGCUUUGUAUUCAAACUAGGAAAUGGAGGCAGUGUGGAUUUUUUCAUGAGGGACUUCCUCUGUGCUUUUUUUUUUUUCUAUUAUAUAUUUCUGACAUUGACUUGGUGACAUUGGCUCAAGGGAAUUGUGGGUGAUGUAAAUUUCUCAGGAAGUGCAGAGUAAGAAGGAUUGGGUUCAGUCUAAUAUUGGAAUGAGGGACGGCUCCUUACCCAUCUCCUCCUGACUGGUCUUGGCAGUUGUGGUGCACUUGUCUCACUCACACUCCCAAAGGCAAAAGUCUAUACAGGAAAUCAUAAACCCCCACUUUCCGAAACAAACACACUGUUAAUGCUAUGGUGGCACAUAAAUACCUCAACUGCCUGGGCUAACAGAAGGGGCUGCAGGUUUUGAAGAGAGCACGUGCUGUUCUCAUCCCACAAAGGUACACCAUCUGACAACAGGACUCGACCUUCUAGCUUUUUCUCACUGUGGAAAAGAAAGGUUACCGUUUAAUUCAUACCCAAAGUUAUAAGUACAGCCUGUAAAUUUUACUAACUUGUUUCAUUUUUGUUUGGUCCUUGAGAAGUACAACUUGCUUUUUGCAGCUGGUAAUUUCUGGUGUUGUUCUUUGAUAUAUCUUUGGUAUAUAUAUACAUGUAUAUAUAUAUGUAUAUAUAUGUAUAUAUAUACAUAUAUAUACAUAUAUAUGUAUAUAUAUAAUUGCUGUAAUAUAUAUAAUUUUUGUUAAAGUUUGUUCGUUUUGUGGUUUUUAAUUCCCAUUGGUGCACUGUACAAUGGGGUGUUGUAGUGUAUCAUGAAGUGUAUCAUGAAGAAAGAAAUAAUAUGCAGAUAUGUUAUGGAGUAUAUUUUAUUUUGAAAUUGACUGUGGUGUUGACAAUAUAUUGAUAUGUCAAGAUACUAAGGGAAAAUUCUAAAUUUACCAAAAUGUGUAUAUUUUAAUAAAUGCAUAAAGCUUUAUUGUGUGCCUUUAAGUUUAAAAAUGGGUUUAUAAAAACGAAGUGAGAAACAAAGUGUCUUACUAUAAAAUAUCCACAGUAAUGUAAAGCUUUUACCCAGGAAACUACCAAAAGAAAAAAAGAAAAGAAAAAGAAGCUUUCCCAUAUUUUGUUAACCUUAACCAGUUCCAGAAGUCUGGUAUAUUCUUUCCAUUCUAAAAUGGAGAUGAGUAAGUGAAUCUUGCCUUAAAUGUUUCAAUCAAUUGUCCAUUGUAGAAAAGCCAGAUAAAUGAGCUCUAUUUUAUUUUAUUGGUUUGAAACUAAUUGCAUUAUUGUGGAAAAUUUGUUUUCAGAAUAAAAAUAUUUUAAAAACUACA